AUGGCGUCAGAAGGAUUUGUUCAUGGGGCGCAGUAUUUUGGCCCCGGCGCAAUGCUAUGGAAGGCGGGAGCACCACUGAUUAAAGAUGUUACCCUCGGCGGAGUCAAGGCAGGUUACGGCUGGGUCACUGCCGAAUCUGACUACUUUGAUCCGGAGAGCAACACGUCAAAAUACAUCGCAUUAUCAGCCCAAAAUUCAGGAAAAUGGAAGCGUCUCGAAGUCCCAGAUUGUUUGUCACAGUACCUGUAUUGCAACGCUCGAACUAAAUUCCGCGACGUCGUAUGGGUUGUUGAGUCUCAAAAUUCUACUAGCAACUACAUGAUGGCUGGCAAUAAUAGCCUCGGUUGGAGUCGAUCUAAUAUGAUGCUACAUAUGAGCGAACCCGAGGAGACUAAAUGGAGCAAACAUGUACCAGCCAACGCAAGUAACUCCUUGUGGUUCGCAGCGAAUUCUGAAAAGUCAGGCACAAUGAGGAGCCACACCGGCCCUCCACACGCAUGUCGAUGGCACAAAGAGGGUGGAUCUUGGGCCUCCGCAAUGUCGAGAAGAGUUUGGAGGUGGAGCUAUCUGCUUUUUGCUUCAGAUAUAGCUUUUCUUGCUGCUGUAUUCGGAAUAGCACAACAGACGAACCCCAUCGAUUCUACGAAGCCAACGAUUUCGCAAAGCUUGACAAAUGGGAUCCUCGACCCAACUGGGGGUAGAGCCGACAGCCUGGUGCCAGCGGUACUGACUGCUAAUUUGCCACAGCUUCUUCUGUCUCUGUCUUACUUCAUGUACAACUCUCUAUAUACUCAGCUCUGUAUUGAGAAGGAAUGGAGCUCUUUCAGCACAAGAUACCGCACUCUCCGCGUUACCAGACCUCAGGGUCAACAGCGGUCGACGUAUAGAUUACAGCUCCCAUACCGAUAUAGCAUUCCGCUCAUCUUAGUCAGUAUUAUCUUACACUGGCUAGUAUCAAAUGCCCUAUAUGUCUUUAUUCUUGAAGGAGGUUAUUUCUGGACUGGCACGGGUUCUUCGUCAGAGGCACUGCUGAACCAGAAGCUGCCUUCGUUCCGAGGAUCAGGUAUUAGUGGAGAUGCUUACGUUGGCAUCGGGUACUCGACUACUGCAUUGUUGGCAUUGCUUUUCGCUGCAAUUCUACUCCCCAUUAUUCCAGUUGCCUUGGCCAUGCGCAAGACAACAGGUACCAUACCUCCAGGCGGUAGCAAUUCAAUGGUGGUGUGCGCAGCGUGUCACAUACACGUACCCGACUUGGUCGCCCCACAGCAGGAAGAUAGUGGUUCCGAAAACUUCUUUGAGGAAAGUAAAAGUGCAGAGGCGUAUCGUCUUGAAGUAUCCCGAAGUCCGAUCCGUUGGGGGGUUAUCAAGCUGCAUACAACACUGAACGAUGGCGGUAUCUACUCGAAAGUUGCACCAGGACAUUUGAGCUUUGGGACCAGGGACAGCGAGAUUACGGAGCCGGUGACUGGCUCCUGGUAUAAGUAA